GGCCGCAGGCUAGCGGAGCAGCGGUGGCAGCGUUUCCUUCUGGCUCCUUCUGAACUUCUCUCUCUUCGUCUGCUGUGAAAUACGUACGCGGUCGCUGGCUCGGUGCCCUGUCCUUUAACGUCCCUCGGUGAGCAACGCUUUGGGAAACUCCGGCUCAGCUGCUGGAACGGAUGUGUGGUGCAGGUCCCCAGGCUCGGCAGAGGUGCCCUUCCCGCACCUGGGUCCUCGCUCCGGGCUACGGAGGACGUCACCACCCACGCAAUGUAUUUGAGACAGGGAUGUGGGGUGAGACUCGGUAACCUCAUUCGUACUGAUAAGCACGAUUCCACUUGACACCCAGGCCCAGAAGUAAGGAGCCUCACUGCCAAGAUGCACUUCCUGACUCCGCUUUGCUUCCUUUUCAUUGUUCCAGGCUAGGACGGAGUGAAAUGGCAGCUUCUUCUUCAUCCUCUUCGGCUGGCGGAGUCAGCGGCAGCUCUGUAACGGGAUCGGGGUUUAGCGUCUCAGACCUGGCGCCACCCCGAAAAGCCCUCUUCACGUACCCCAAAGGAGCUGGAGAGAUGCUGGAAGAUGGCUCAGAAAGAUUCCUCUGUGAAUCUGUCUUCAGCUAUCAGGUUGCAUCUACGUUAAAGCAAGUGAAACACGAUCAACAAGUUGCACGGAUGGAAAAACUAGCCGGUCUGGUGGAAGAGCUGGAGGCAGAUGAGUGGAAAAAAAAGCCAAUAGAGCAGCUCCUGGGAUUCACUCCCUCCUCGGGCUGAACAUGGCCGGAUCACUGCUGUCAGAGAGAAGAAGAAAGGCACUCUCUGGCCUGAUUUCAAAACGCGCGGCCGUUUCUGUGGAUGCUCACAGCUGCAUCAAGGGCAUUGGGCUUUUCUUUAAGUUUGCAGUGGGGAAUCCCCGUUACAGCUGCCACUAAAUUGAAAUUACAGAAAUCUUGGCGUCUUCUGCAGCGAAACAGUGCGGCAGAGCUCAGUUGCUGGAACUUACACGAUAGGAGCUGUUUUAAAGAAGUUGGAGAACAACCCGAUUGCGUGCAGGGAAGGGAAGACUUAAAGUUUGGGCAAGGUUGGGGUGGGGGAAGGCAACCCAGUGACUUAGCCUGACCUUUCUGAAGACCUCCCCAAGGAGCGGGCAGGCUUGAAGGGCCAGGUGAUCUGUCGGCUGGGAAGCGCGUGUCUUGGCCGCUCAAGUCGGGCCUCCGUAGGGCAGAAAUACGAAGCGCUACCAGAAACGCUCCUCGGUCCUGGCCGUUGUUUUUUUGCAAACGAAUAGGAAGAAAACCGUCCCGGGUCAGUUCAGAAGGGGCGAGCGGAGCUGCUCUCCCCGGUGGUAUCUCCCGGGGUUGCUGAAGCCGUUUUCUCACCGUUGCCGUUUCUCUUUUGUCUGCGCCGAGAGUACUGGUAGGACACUGCUCUUGAAUGCAGAUGCUGUUAACUUUAAUACCCUGACGCUCUUUUCCCCUUUAUUGCAUACUAGAUUGUUCUGUGAUAAUAAAUGGUUUCAAAGGCAGAAUUAUUUUCUUUAUCUUUUCAGAGCUUGGUGCAGGGGGCCCAAAGAAAGGAACAAUCGUUCGUUAGGCAACGUGGGGUUUUAUGAAGCUCAGAGGCAGCUCUGCUGUUACAAUGGUAAACUUCAGUUCAAUUUAAAAAAAAAAAAAACAACCUCCAAAAGAAAGCAAACCACACUUGCUUUAUGCUCAACAUGGAUUGAUUUAAAUCAGAUCUUAAUCCUGGUUUAACUCUACAAGCAGAAAACCCUUAUUUAAAUCCAUCCGUUUUGGUCAUGUUGUUUUUGUUUUGUACUUCAGUUCUGUUCUUAAGGGGAGCUGGAUUUCCGUUUUCUGGCAUAACCAUUUCGGCAUGCUAAUUUUCCAUUUAUUUUAGCCUUAAUGCUACAUUUUUUGCUAACCAGCAGGGGGAUAGGCUCUGUACUAUAU